UACAGAACGGGUAAUUCCAAUAUUCCAUGUAUGGCGAGUAGGUUUCAAAAGGCGGUUUGCCCAGCCAGCGCAGAAACAACAAACCCAGUUGUACUUGUAAUCAAUGAAUUUCCAACUCCGUCUUUAUUUCAAGAAAUGCAUGCAGGCUCAGCUGCUCUUCCUCUCUGUAACCGCCCAUUGUAUUCCUUCUAUGUAACUCACUCACCCAAACAAAAUUGCUGGGUUUUUGGGGUUCUUUCUUUCUUUCUUCUUCCUUGAUCAAUGGAGAACAAGAGGGCUCUGACCCAGCAGCUCAUUGGCAUGAUCGAUUUCAUGGAGCAACAGGGUUUAAUGGAUCAUCGCUUUCGAUUUGCAUAUUCGCUUAAAGAAGGCAAUGGAGUUUCCUUUUUUGCAGACUUGGUCUAUAACUUUGGCACCGAGUCUCAGGAUACCUUGAGAGAUCUUUCUUCAUUGUUGUCUCAAGUUGUCGUGAACUACGAAGACAUUAAAGUACUCUGUAUGAAAAUCAAAGGAGCCUCGGCAGGUAUUGGUGCUCAUCGCAUGGCGGAUGCAUGUGGUCAACUUCGACUGGCUAUUGACAGUCAAUCCAGGGAACAGUGUAAGUCAUCGGUCGCUGAAAUAAUGACGGAGUAUCUGAAUCUGCAUCCCAAGCUGGAAACCAUUCUGCAGCUGGAACGGAGGAUCAUCAGCAGUCGACCAUGAGAUCCAUUAUAGGCGCAGGAAAAUAUGCUUUCUGUUAGUUGUAGCGUAAAUAGCGUUUCUUCAGAAUUCAAAUUCCUGUUUCUCUUGUUGAGUGUGUUCAUCAAAACUUUCUCCCUUGUGGUAUAUGAACCCACAUGACCUGUCCUCUUUGAUCGUUUAUGCAGACUGAUUUCUCUUUUCAAAAGAAUGCAGCUUGAUAGAGUUACUUUCA